GAGAGAGAGAGAGCUUAUGGAAAAUGUACCUGUCCGUGUAGGUGUCCACUAAAAUCUAAGUGAGACGCUGGACAGCUUUUGUGUAGGCUACUAGACAUUUGGACAUUUGGACAUCACGGUGGCGUUAAAAGGAGCCGGUAAAAAGCGGCUCUAUAGUGAUCGGCGCUGUUUCUCCCGUUCAGUGAGGAGCAGAAGCUCAGCCUGUAGUCAGAAUGGGAAACCGGGAGAUGGAGGAUUUGAUUCCGCUGGUUAACCGAAUGCAGGAUGCGUUUUCUGCGAUCGGACAGAAUGCCGACCUGGACCUUCCCCAGAUCGCUGUGGUUGGCGGUCAGAGCGCAGGGAAAAGCUCCGUACUGGAGAACUUCGUGGGGAAGGAUUUUUUGCCUCGAGGCUCUGGCAUUGUGACUCGUCGCCCCCUGGUGUUGCAGCUGAUCAACUGUCCAACAGAAUAUGCCGAGUUUCUCCACUGCAAAGGGAAAAAGUUCACUGAUUUUGAGGAAGUGCGUCAAGAGAUCGAAGCAGAAACAGACCGGCUCACUGGACAGAACAAAGGCAUCUCUUCAGUACCCAUCAACCUGAGAGUCUACUCCCCUCACGUCCUGAAUCUGACUCUGGUGGACUUGCCUGGAAUGACCAAAGUGCCGGUGGGCGAUCAGCCAGCUGAUAUUGAGUUCCAGAUCAGGGAAAUGCUCAUGCAGUUUGUUACAAAGGAGAACUGUUUACUGCUGGCCGUCUCUCCUGCCAACUCAGACCUUGCCAACUCUGAUGCUCUCAAGAUUGCCAAGGAAGUUGACCCUCAAGGUGUGAGAACAAUUGGUGUGAUCACUAAACUGGACCUGAUGGAUGAGGGUACGGAUGCACGUGAUAUCUUGGAGAACAAGCUCCUUCCUCUGCGUAGAGGCUACGUCGGAGUCGUGAACCGCAGUCAAAAAGAUAUUGAUGGAAAAAAGGACAUUACUGCUGCCAUGACUGCUGAGAGGAAGUUCUUCCUCAGCCACCCUUCCUAUCGUCACCUGGCUGAGCGCAUGGGGACGCCUUACCUGCAGAAAGUCCUCAAUCAGCAACUCACCAAUCACAUUCGAGACACCCUGCCAGGGCUGAGGAACAAGCUGCAAAGCCAGUUGCUGUCCAUUGAGAAGGAAGUGGAAGAGUACAAGAACUUCCGCCCAGAUGAUCCCUCUCGCAAGACCAAGGCCCUCCUUCAAAUGGUUCAGCAGUUUGCAGUGGAUUUUGAGAAGUGUAUCGAGGGAUCUGGUGAUCAGAUCGACACUUAUGAGCUGUCCGGUGGAGCCAGGAUCAACCGUAUCUUUCAUGAGCGUUUUCCCUUUGAAUUGGUCAAGAUGGAAUUUGAUGAGAAAGAGUUGCGUAAGGAGAUCAGCUAUGCUAUUAAAAACAUCCAUGGUAUCAGGACUGGUCUCUUCACCCCUGAUAUGGCCUUUGAGACGAUCGUGAAGAGACAGAUAGCUAAGAUCAAAGAGCCAUGUCAUAAAUGUGUGGAUAUGGUCAUCUCUGAGCUGGUCAAUACAGUCAGACAGUGCACUAAGAAGCUGGCUCAGUACCCGAUGUUGAGGGAAGAAAUGGAGAGGAUUGUCACACAGCAUAUCCGUGACAGAGACAGUCGCACCAAGGACCAGGUGAUGCUACUGAUUGACAUUGAGCUGGCCUACAUGAACACCAACCAUGAAGAUUUCAUUGGUUUUGCUAAUGCCCAACAGAGAAGCAGUCAGAUGAGUAAAAAGAAGACUACAGGGAAUCAGGAUGAGAUAAUGGUGAUCAGAAAGGGCUGGCUAACCAUCAAUAACAUUGGCAUCAUGAAGGGAGGAGCGAAGGAGUACUGGUUUGUGCUGACUGCUGAGACACUGUCCUGGUACAAAGAUGAUGAGGAGAAAGAGAAGAAAUACAUGCUGCCUGUGGAUAACCUGAAGCUCCGAGACAUUGAGAAAAGCUUCAUGUCCAGCAAACACAUCUUUGCCCUCUUCAACACUGAACAAAGGAAUGUGUAUAAGGAUUACAGGCAGCUAGAAUUAGCGUGUGAGACACAAGAAGAGGUGGACAGCUGGAAGGCCUCCUUCCUGCGUGCUGGUGUUUACCCAGAACGCAUUGUGCAGAGUGAAAGCAGUGAGGAGAGCAGCUCGGACAGUUUCAUGCACUCCAUGGACCCUCAGCUGGAGAGACAGGUGGAGACCAUCCGCAACCUGGUAGACUCCUAUAUGGCUAUCGUCAACAAGACUGUGCGCGAUCUGAUGCCCAAGACCAUCAUGCAUCUUAUGAUCAACAAUACUAAAGAGUUCAUCCAUGCUGACUUGCUGGCCCACCUCUAUUCAUGUGGAGACCAGAACAGUCUGAUGGAGGAAUCGGCCGAACAGGCGCAGCACAGGGAUGAGAUGCUGCGCAUGUACCAUGCACUCAAAGAAGCCCUGAGCAUUAUUGGAGACAUCAGUACUACCACAGUGUCCACUGCCAUGCCACCACCAGUGGACGACUCCUGGCUACAGGUGCAGGGAGGACCCUCAGGACGAAGAUCCCCCAUGUCCAGCCCCACACCUCAGCGUCGAGCUCCUCCUGGACCCCCUCGCCCUGGAGCUCGUGCUGCUCCUGGGCCACCUGCUGCCGGAGCUCCACCUGUCCCCUCCAGACCUGGAGCCUCCCCAGACCCCCAUGGUGGCCCACCACCCCAAGUGCCCUCACGCCCCAAUCGUGCUCCUCCAGGAGUUCCCAGUCGACGUGUGCCAGCAUCAGCAACAAGACCCAACAGAUCCACAGAUUUCCUUACAGACUAUUAACCCUGGAUCCUGCAGCCUCUUCUCCUCCUCACACCCACACACUCUUACAGACCUGGACAAUUCAUUACACACUCCCUGGAUGUAACUUAUCUAGGUGCACAUGUUUACUUAAAGACAUCCAUGUCCUUUAAGCAAUCUUGAAUCAGGUAGAAGGCAGUAAUAGUAAUGAUAUCUGACAGUGUUAAUUGUACAGUGUGAUAUAUUGUCUUAUAGUUAUCAGUGGCAUUAACAGCACAAACUAUACAGAUUAUAUUUAAAAAUGAAGCAGAUGAUGUAACUUUCAGCACAUUAGACACAGAUGGAUAUAUUCUCUGAAUAAUAUAAAAGCACAUGUAUGCUAGAUGACACUGGCCUAUCUCUGCUGUCUUUAGUUUAUUUUAUCCUUGCUGGCUUUUGCCCCCUGCUGCCUCACUUCCUUCUCUCUCAAGAUCAACCUGCACGCAGUGUACAACAAACAAAAGCCCCCCUGCUAAUCACUGGCUCACUCAUUCAUUCACUUCCCUGAGAAACCUGCUUCGUUCUCACACUAGAAUCUAGCCAUUUUCCAGGUUAUUUUGUUUAGAGCUUGGCUUAUAACUAGCAAUAUAGACGAAGGAAUUAGGGAUUUGAUUAAAAGAUCUUGUUUAAUUUAAGCAUCUUGUUUAAUUAUAAGUUUUAUAUGUGCAUGUCUGAUAUAUUUAUUCAUUUUCUUCAGAUAUGUUUCCCAAACUUGAAGCUUAUUUGACUUGACUACAUUUUUGAGUUUACUGAUGUCAAAUAAGUGAUUGGUUUUUUGAGAAACAAACUAAUCUGAACAAUAUUAACUUUAUAUAUGCAAUAAGCAACAAGGUAUUUUUUUCCUUACAUCAUUGUUUGCCAUCUUUUUUUUUUUUUUUUUUUUUUUUUAUAUUUGUGCAACUUACAUCCAUUAACCCUUUGACUUCUCAACUAAUGCCUGUAAACCAGCAAUAACCUGGGUGCCUCAAAAUAAUGGUGACUAUAAGUUAAAGGAAUACAUGUUUUUAAUCCUAUUUAUUAUCUAAUGCAUUUGUAUCAUUUGUGAGAUUACUAAGGACAAACAUUUUGACACAUUUACCUGCACUUAGAAAAGGAGGUAAAACUUGUUUUCUUCAAAAUUCACUUCAAAAUGGAUUUAAAAAACAACAACAACAAAACAACAACAACAAAACAACAACAACAACAAAAAAAAACUGUCAAAAAGCGUUUAAAAUGCUGAUGAUUCAUUCACCCUGGUUAGGAUGCCAGUCCAUUGCAGGGCACCAUACACACACAUAUUCACAUCUAGAGGCAAUUUAGUGUAGCUCCUAAUUUCAACCAAUCUGCACGUUUUUGGACAGUAAGAGGAAACCUUUGUGGUUAAUAUGCAAUAUGGAUGAUAUGCAAAACUCCAUACAGACAGUAACUUGAACCUUGACAGGAUUGAACCUGAGACCUUAGAGCUGUGAGCUGGCAAUACUACAUGCUGCACUGCCAUACCAUUCAAAUACUGAUUAUCUAACGUGAAUUCAAAACUACAACCAUCACACUGAAAAUAUAGCCCCAUCUUUGGCAAGAUGAAUGAUUUAAAUUUAGGGCUUAAUUUACAAAUGCCUCAGAAAAGUUCCUAUAAAAUACAACUGCCCAACAUCUACCCUUAGUAUUAUAAGUUUUGAUCUGACAGGUUUUCUGUACUUUUCCCAGUAUAGGUAAACCGAUCAAAAUCUGUUUGUGGUAAUUGAUCACACUCUAGGCAUGUAGUAGAUAGAGGUUAAGUUGGGAAACUGAUUGUAUUCCUUUAAAAAGUUACAAACUGUACCUUUGUUUGUCACUUAGGUGGUACCCUUAAGUGGUCCCUUUAUUAUGUAUCAAUAUUCAACAUCCAGUAUGAUCCAGUAUUAUUCAGUAAUCAGCAUCAAUAUUUAAAACUGAUUUAAGGUUUAAUUAGACCUAAAACACCCUACAUACAUUAAAAUUCACUGAAGAUACAAAAUACCACUAGUGACAAGCAACAGUAGAGUGGAAUACUUUUUUCUCUAAGUUCUAUAAGACAAAAAUGUCACUUGAUAGAGUUUUGUAGGUUAUUUGGGUGCUUUCCUUUUGCCCACCAUUUGUUUCUCCUUCUCGCUCUACAUGUUCUUCUCUUUUACUCAGCCGUCCGAGCAAAGGCAGCCCUUCUCAUGGAGAGAGCCCUCAUCCUUCGUUUGACUCGUAGAACCCAUCCUUCUUCUCCCUCGCUCUACUGCCUUUCCUCUGAUCAUGAGGAUGCUUAUCGGUGGACAUGAAGGCCAGAUAGAUCCAUAUAUAUCUAUCUGCUAUGAAGAUUUAUUUACACUACGUAUUGUUAAUGUAUGAUUUGACGCAGAGGAGACAUAGAGAGAUAUUAGCAGGGAUUACAGAAGUAUGGAGGAACCUCUCUAUUUUCAAGAUGAAUGCCCAGUGUGGACUUGUAUCACAGUGUUAAGUUGACUACAGUGUUACUUAUAAUGAAGGUGCUGUGCAGUGUUUCUAUGUUUACACAGUAGAUAAUGUCAAUGUGUUCUGUAUUGAGCUGUCACUAAAGAACUGCCUGCAAACAGUUUGCCUUGUUUGUCAUAUUACAAUUAUGGGUUACUGUACACAUGCUUUCAGCCUCCAUCUGAGGCCGAGCUAAAUAUUCAGUGGUGCUGAAUGUUUAUUUAUUAUCAACCACAUAAGUGUAAUAAUACAGUGUGCAGGAGCUUUUGAAACGUGAAGCUCUACUGUAUUAGCAGUAAUAUAUCACUUGAAAAUACUAAUGAUGCUAAUAAUAAAUGAAAGCUAGUAGGAGUUAAUUAAUAUUAUGCAAUGAAAUCAUGGCACUGGAUUUCCUCUAGCCUUUUUUUCUUGUUAGCCAUUAUUUUUUGGUGAAUAGUUCACAUAUAUAUUGGAAUAUGUAUUGUGCAAUAUGUCUGAUGGAGUAUGUUGUCCAAAUUAUAAGAGAAUUAUACUGCCUUGCUUUAAUUUAAUGAAACUUGAGUGGAACAAUUUCUGGAAUAGGGUUUUGGAUAGGAAUGUGAUUUAAUCAGAAUAAAUGAAAGAAAAAUAUCAAGACAACCCUUACACGAAUGUGAGAAUAAAUAUGAUAUUUCACACUAUUUUUCAGUGUUAUACACAGAUUCGUAUUGUGUUGGUGUAUUUUUGUGAUGUAUCUCUGGGAAUUCCUUCAGUUAACUUUGUGUACACAUGUACAAUAAUUAGGUAGCUAAAAAUAAAGUGAAAGAAGUGACUGUGAACAACUGGGAAAUGUGUGUAUAUAUUAUGAGUCAUUCUAUUUAAAUGAAUGUGAAUGUGUUUGUGUGUUUGUGCCAGAUAUGGCCUCCUGUAUCUUAUAAAAAUUGGUCCAACCUGAGAAACUGGCCAGUUAUUUUGUGUUUUCAUUAAACUGUGGAAGAUGUUAA